AUGGAGGCAAACGUUGAACUGCCCAGGGUAUCACAUCACGUCGAGACUCCAGUUCUUCCAACAUCCCGUCUCAUUUGUCUUUGUAUCAGCGUCUCUUUCGGAUUAUUCUUGUCACUGAUGGACACGACGAUUGUUGCAACUGCUCUGUACACAAUUGGCGCUGAUCUCAAAUCUCUCGGCUCGAUCAACUGGGUUGCUCUUGCAUAUACCCUCAGCUACCUUGGAUGCGCCGUCAUAUUUGUUCGAAUCGCAGACAUUUAUGGCCGGAGAAAUGCCUACAUUGCUGCUUUCUUGAUCUUCUUCGCCUUCUCCUUCGGAUGCGGGUUUUCAACCUCACUCACUCAGCUUAUUGCUUGUCGGACGCUUCAAGGAGUCGGAGGCUCAGGCCUCUAUUCUCUUACAUUCGUGAUACUCCCUGAAAUCAGCCCGCCGGGGAUGAUGCAAGCAAUCGGUGCUAUUGCCGGGGCUGUUGUUGCCAUGGCUGGUGUGCUUGGCCCCGUGCUUGGCGGCGUAAUAACUCAUCAUACAUCGUGGAAAUGGAUCUUUUGGAUCAAUGCCCCAAUUGGCAUUGGCCCACUCAUACUGUUCAUCAUCGCCUGGCCAAAACCCAACCAACUGUGUCCUGCACGACGUCGACCGCUCAAGGAACUGGAUACAAUUGGCGCCAUCCUGAUCAUAGCAGCAUCAGUCCUCAUCGUUUUUUCCUUCCAAGAGGCAGGGCUCAAAACUAAUGCAUGGAAGCAAGCCAUUUUCAUCGUUCCUUUGGCGAUUGGAUGCCUUUGUGCAGCUGCCCUGGUGGGGUGGGAGUAUUUUGUUGCCCACUCCUGGGAAGGGAAGCUUGCAACAAUGUUUCCUCUGCGGCUAAUGGAGAGUCGGGUCUAUAUGGGAUGUGUUGCCACGGCACUGCUUGGCGGCUUUCCAUACUUCGUUGUCAUAUACGCCCUUCCUCUCCGACUGCAAGUAGUGAACGAAAAAAGCGCUUUGCUCGCGGGAGUCUCACUACUUCCUAUGCUAGGCUCUGUUGCCAUAGCAAGUGCUCUUGGUGGUGGCAUACACCGAAAGCGAGAAAGGAUAUUUGGCACGUUACUAGCUGGCUCUCUCUUCAUGGUCAUUGGAUCAGCCUGCCUGUCCACCCUCAAGAACACCGUUGCUGUCCCGGCCAAGAUGUAUGGCUUUGAAGUCUUCAUAGGAUUGGGAUUCGGACUCAUGGUCUCAACCGUUUCACUGGGUGCAAUGAUAGAAGCCGAUACUCUAGACAGGACUGUCGCUCAAGGCGUCAUAGCCCAAGCCCGCGUCUUCGGAGGCAGUAUCGGCAUCGCAGCAUCGACCGCAAUUCUCGGGACCGUGCAGCGAUCCCAGUUAUUUGGCAUCGUUACACCAGAGCCAUUAUCAGCUCUUCAGACUUCUGCGGGGACGAUGACGCCUGCUCAGCUACACGCUGUGAGGCAGGUAUACUCGGAUUCUUUUAGUGAGGGGAUGCAAGUUUGUGCUGCUGUUUCCGCGGCAUGUGUUAUUGCCUGUGUAUUGGCGUAUAGGAGGCAUGGUGUGGAUUUGGAGGCUAGGAGGGAGGAGUCGAUAAGAGAAGAGGAUGAGAUGAUUUGGGCAGCUAUAAUAGUACAAGAAAGUUCUUAAUAUGGGAUUAGUAGGUAAUUAGUCUCAGAGAGGAGUCUAUUUUUAU